GCGUCUGAUGGAGCGAGGUGACGAACGGCGGAGAAGCGUCUAGAUACAAGAAAGCUACAAGUCGCAUUUUGUCGUCUUUUCUUGAGCCGUCAACAACACUCGAUAGUUUGACGAAGUUUAGUGAGGAAGACUGAAUAAACCUCGAAUUAUUAGCAAGAACCCGUCAUAUCCGCCAUGUUGAGACUGAACUUCAGGAGGGAGAAAGACAAAGACUACAAACACAUCUCCCAUGGUUUGAUCCCCGCUGCCUCCAUUGCCCCCAAAGCUGCUGUGCCUCGUACCCCACCCCCACGCAGCCCCAACCCCUCACCUGAGAGACCCAGAUCGGCCUUAGCGGCGGCCAUCUUGUCUUCAUCGCUCACCGGACAGACCUGGGCGCUCCCCCCGACUCGCCCAAGGUCUUUCUCUGAGGCCCAGCGAUCCGCCUCCUUCGUAUCGGAGCCAAACAUCAGCACGGCACUUUUUACACGGGAUCGAUGGUCGGAAGACUUUGUUGCUCGCCCGCGUCUGUCCUGGCCUGACCACUCUGAGGAGGAUGACCAAGAAGAAGACGUCCGUGCUGCACCCAUGGAACACUCGGCUGAGACUCCCCAGGCCAGUCCCAUGUUGUCCAGCAGGGAGUCUUCUUCUCCAGAAUCCCCACAGCAAAGAGGUCUAGAUCUUCCUAAAGCCAGCAGUGUUUCCUUAAAGAAGAAAGCGUCAGUGAAGAGGAGCUCCAGGAGCCGUGGAGAAGAUGUUCCACUCUUCAGCCAACAGGGCGGCGCCAAAACAGAACCAAAAGAAGCGGCCAUCCUGCCAUCUUCUGACAGCCUGCGGGGGAGGGGCGCUGUCAGGGCCUUGAAGGAGGAGAACGCCAAGUUGGAGGCGGAGCUGCGACGCCUGCAGCAGGAAGUUACUCGUAGCCCCGCCUCCACGUCCACGACAGGCAUGCAGACACAACUGCACACUCUGACACAACUAACCCAGGAGCUGCUGGACCAAAAGCACGCCCUCAAACCUCAAACCCAGGAGCUGCUGGACCAAAAGCACGCCCUCAAACCUCAAACCCAGGAGCUGCUGGACCAAAAGCACGCCCUCAAACCUCAAACCCAGGAGCUGCUGGACCAAAAGCACACCCUCAAACCUCAAACCCAGGAGCUGCUGGACCAAAAGCACGCCCUCAAACGUACCAAUCAUGCCCUGAAUGCAGAGAGGACACACUCCAAGCAGGAGGCGGACUCCGAGCGGUCCUCUCCCCGUGCGUCGGCCUACGAGGACAGGCUGAAGGAGAAGGAUGCACUGCUGCACACCGCCGAGGACGAGGUGAAGCGCUUGAGAGCGCGCCUGGAAGAAGCGGCCAAAGAAAACAAGAGACUUGACGGGGAACUCGCCAAGACCGGAGGGAUGAGCCCGGACGACCGCCUUCAAGUGCAGCAGCAGGCCCUGCUGGUCUUGCAGGAGAAUCACUUCCUGAGCCAAGAGCUGGAGGCGCUGCAUGUUAAGACCAAGGACCACCACAGCAAACACCUGGCUGAAGUGUCCAAAGUGUCCAAGCAGCUGAUGCUGACGGAGGCGGAGAACCAGCGUUUGCAGGAGGAGCUGGACGGGAGCCGGAGGGAGGAGCAGAGCCAGAGGAAGGAGGUGCUCCGUCUGCGAGGCCUCCUCAAGGACGCCGUCGCCUGGGAGGAACACCGCAACAUUGCUGGGAGACUCAGGCGGCAGCUGGAGCAGGAGCAGGGCAGGAACAUGGAGGAGGUGGAGGAGGUGCGCCUCCAAGCGUCCGGCCUGCAGGUGCACAACCGCAGUCUUCUGGCGGACAACGCCAAGCUGACGGCUGACGUGCAGAGAAUGGAGGCGGAGCUGGAGCUGAGCAGACAAGCCAACAGGAAGGCGGAGAAGAAGCUGAGCGUACUGAAGCACCAGAAGGACGAGUGUGCGCUGAAAGAGGAGAAGACCAGGAAGUACCUGGAAUCUGUCCUGGCGGUGGCCGACGGGAUCUCCCAGGAGCGAGACCAGCUACUACACAUGGCGUCGACGCUCCAGCGGGAAAAGCAGGAGUUCCUCGGCAAGAUGGUGAACGGCACCAUUCAAUUCGGAAAGCUGGAGGAGCGCGUCAAGGUGUACCGCAAGCAGGCGUCCAGCCGACUGGCGGCGCUGGAGGAGGCGGCGGAGGGCAAGGCGGCGUCCUACCACAGGGAGGUGGUGCACCUACAGAGUCUGCUGGCGGAGAGGCAGCAGGCGGAGGAGAGGCUGCUGCAGUCCAAACGGGCGGUGGAGGAGGAGCUGGAGGUGGUGUGGCAGGCGGACCAGGAGAACCAGCACAUCAAGGACACUCUGUGGGACUCCAGGCCCAUAGGAGACCUCCUUGGGUGGGGCCUUGCUGACACCACCUCCCCUGGCCGGCCUCUUGGAGCCGCCCACAAGUCCUCGGACCACCUGGACGUCUACACCUAGAGGAACUCCUCUUGCAUCCCUCAGGCAACUUUUCUAUUUUCAUCCUCACGCCGAGGAACACUCUUAAGGUCAACCUCACGUGUAAAAAGAAUUCAUCUGUUCCGGGGUCAAACUGCAGCCAUGGAAGUCUUGUUUGCUGACAGAUUCUGAAGUGUUUACAUGCGUCAAAGGAGGAUUGUGCGUGCUCAGGUGACCUUUGGUGUCCAAAGUGCGGCCCCCGGCUAAUGAUUGAACAGCCUGCAGCACAUUGUGGGACUACUCGUGGAAAACAACAUUUCAAGUGGAAUAAAAGAGCUAACGUGGGAAAUGUAACGAGACAAAGUUGCAAAGUUGACACAAAGCUGACAUUUUUAAACUGUCAUUGCUCAAAAAAUAAUAAUGAAUCAAAAUCGACGUUGUUAUGAAUUGUUGACCUAUCCAAGGCUCCAAUUACUUCUCAUCAAAUAUUACUAGGGAUGUCCGAUAAUGGCUUUUUGCCGAUAUCCGAUAUUCCGAUAUUGUCCAACUCUUUAAUUACCGAUACCGAUAUCAACCGAUAUAUGCAGUCGUGGAAUUAACACAUUAUUAUGCCUAAUUUGGACAACCAGGUAUGGUGAAGAUAAGGUACUUUUUAAAAAAAUAAAAAUAAAAUAAGAUAACUAAAUUAAAAACAUUUUCUUGAAUAAAAAAGAAAGUAAAACCAUAUAAAAACAGUUACUUAGAAACUAGUAAUGAAUGAAAAUGAGUAAAAUGAAGUGUUAAAGGUUAGUAGUAUUAGUGGAGCAGUCAUGUG